CUUACGAUAUAUUAUACUUCGUUAAAAAAUUUAGGUUUUUAAAAGUAAUCAAAUAAUUACAACUACCAAGAUGGUAUUGUAUCGCACGCGUAUUAUUAUCAUAGUUUUGGUACAAAUACUGGUAAUUUUCAUCCGGGAAUCGGCGUGCAUAAACAAUCGGCGAGCGCUGCGAUUGGCCUCGAUGUCAGCGAUACGACGCACGAUGACGGAUAAUGCGAAAAAUAUGAGAAUGAUGACCUUACGUCGACCGGAAACAGCGCUAUUCGGCAUGAAAUUAUCGCCUCCGCGCCGCAUUAAAUCGCAAUCGGAAGUAGAUCUGGAAAUCGCCAUAAGUAUGCAUUACGAACAUACGGAAACAUCAAAUAACAAUAUAGACAAUGUCGGUAGCAUCGAUAAAAUGACUAAUGUCUUGCUGAAACCGAUGGACGCGUUAGAAACGUUCCAACACAUUUUAAACCGUAUUGUGCAACUGUUGUAUAAUUCCUACACCUCGAUAUUCGCCGACAUAAUCUUAAUCAGUUUCGUUUUGUCUCGGAACGAAAACGAUAACCAUAGGGUACAAUUCAAAACCGAGUAUUUAGACAUCGUGUGCUCAUAUAUACCUCGAAUUUUGGACUAUUUGUACAUAAGCCACAUCCCUAAAAACAUUGAAUAUUUCUAUUUAAACAAAUUUCAUUGCACGCUUUGUUACAGGAUGCUUAAUUUCGUAAAAAAUAACUGUACCGCUACCGACACAGAUUACGUCUUAUGUACAACCAGAAAAGUGCAGGAAAUAUAUAAGAACAUUUUAUCGUAUUUGAAUCGCGACGACUUUCCUAAGGAGUCAGAUAACCAACAAACUGACAAAAUGUUUAUUAAAAAUGCGUACGACCACAUAAACAAAAUCGACAGGACAUUGAUAAUUGAUUAUGCGCAUGUCGAGUUCAAUAUAUUUAAAGACGUGAAUAAGAGGUUUCACAAUGCUAUCAUACAGACAGCGGAUCCAAAAGCAAUAAGCGAAAUCGAUGAUCAAUUGCUAAAGGACAUUGUUAACAAUUUCUUGCGUAUUAAUACCGAAUACAUUAACGAGCUGAUGUUGAACACCUGUGAUCUAGUCUUAGACCUAUCCGAAGAGGAUGUAAAGGAUCUUUCAACGCCUAGCGUGGUAAGUAAAUUAUUAUUAUACACGUUCCGAAGACUGGAAAAACAAUUUAAAGAUAAAGUCGACGAAUUCCAAGCCAAAUACGGCAAAAACGUAUUAACUCGUGUAAACGAGAAACAAAUUAACAAUGGCGUUUUACAUGUAUUUAAAGGGUUAUGCGAUUAUACUCCGAAAAUUCUUCUAUAUUUGGCCGAACGUCGUGUCAAUAUCGGGUCAUUGUCUAGUCUGUACUUGUCGUUUUGCGGAAACCUUAUGGAUUUUAUCGAUUCCCGCUGUCCCCGUGUGUUUUCGAACGGUAACGUAGAAAAGGAUUAUACGGUGAGGUGUGUCACGGAAUCGAUAAAAGAUAAAUUGAUGUGGAAUUUGUAUACAAUAACUAAAAUCAUUUCGAAAAAAGAUCAAUAUACAAGUGUAUUGUGUACAAAUGUCCAUAAUAAAUAUAUUGAGAAUAUCCACGCGGCCCUGAUCGACUUCAGAUACCAGGAAAUCGGUCUGUGGCCUAUGUACAAUUGGUUGAGUGGAAAAUAUUUUUUCACCGAAGAUUAUGAUAACUCAUCAUUUAAUCAAAUUAAAGAAAACAUAAUUUACAUAAACGGUAUACCGUUUACAUUGUCGGAGAUUUACUAUCAGUUUUUACCGUUGAACACAAAGUUAGAAACCGUUUUCGCUUUUCACAACAUAAUUUUAGGUAACCUGGACGCAAUAAUGAAUACUUACGUGUAUCGGUACGCGUUCACGAUCGUUUUAUAUCUGAAGCACAUGAACAAUAAGGUCGACAAACAAAGACUACUGAUUUUGGAUGGCUCUACCAUAUGGUAUGAAAUAGGAAAGUCUAAGUUGUAUAAAUACCUUCAAAGUUUACCCGUGUCAUAUAAUUCUCCAGAAAAUAUACUUAAUAUAGUUUCCAAUAUUAAAUGUAUUAGCUACACUGUAAAUAACGGUUACAGUGCGGCCGAAUCGAUUCAAGAAAACAUUCCCCCCAAAAUUCUAAAAGAAACACGCGAAUGGGCCGAACCUCAGCUCGUUGGUAAAACCGGCACCGAUUACUUGAAUCGUUUAAACGAAAUCUUAAUCGACAAUUGUUUGAACGCUAUGGAUAUUGUGUCUAUUUUUGUUAACAUUGCAGUGAAAUCGGAUGUAAUAAAAUUAAAUGUGUUCAGCGAACAAUUUCCUUUUACUACUGAUGAGUUAUUUUGCGCAGAGCAUUUAUCCGAUAUUUACAGUACAAACUAAAUUUUUGACAUUACCACACAUCUAACAAUACAGUAUUAGUACCAGCAUGUUUUAUUUAAUUUAAAUGUUAUACAAAUACAAAUAUACAAUAUUGCUUUCAGUUUAGAUUUUGAAUUUACACUAUCGAUAAUUGUAUUAGUUUAGUACAAGU